GGAGCGGUCCGCCAGGCGACCGGCGAGGGACGGGCCGCGGGGACGCCGGGCAAGGACGGAGGGCUGGACUUGGUCCCCUGGGCCCGGGAGCGGACGCCUGCGACGCCCUCUGACCCCGGCCGGGUUCGGACUUCCACACUGAUUAAUCAAGAGUGAAAAAUUGAAGAGAUGCAAGCAGGAAAAAGAAGUUAAACGAGGCCUGAGGAGCAAUGCGACAGGCAUGAUGGAGGUCGAGUCCUCCUACUCGGACUUCAUCUCCUGCGACCGCACGGGCCGUCGGAAUGCAGUCCCUGACAUCCAGGGUGACUCGGAGGCUGUGAGCGUGCGGAAGCUAGCUGGAGACAUGGGCGAGCUGGCACUUGAGGGAGCAGAAGGACAGGCAGAGGGAAGUACCCCAGACAAGGAGGCCAGCAGCCAGCCCGAGAGCAGUGAUGCCAACACCUCGUCUUGAAGAGAGACCUGCUGUCCCUCCUGGAACUGGAGCCCUGGCACAACAACCCAGCAGCCUCUUCUCGGAGCCCAUAUCCCAGGCUGCCCACACCCACAGGCUGCACUCUCCCUUCACCUCCCCAUGGUACCCAGGUACACUAUCACCACAGGAUGUUAUUUAUUCAGCUAGGUGGGGGCGGGGCUCGGGCCAGGCCCUGCCCCCCCAGGUGAGCAGCCCCGACCUGGGGGCCAGGCCCUGCCCCCCAGGUGAGCAACCCCGACCUGGACAGGGUCUGUCCCCACACCGUUCAUCCCUCCAGCCAGCCGCCUAUGUUGGAAAGAUCGUCCUAGCCCUUUUUUAAAGCCUCUUUUACAUUUUUUAAAAACAUAACUUUUUUCAGGGAGAAGGGGGAGCUGACAAUCACUUUUUCCUGUUUUGGUUUUGGUUUGAAAGCCGUUUUAAGCUUAGCUCUGAUGAUCUAUGCAGCUCUAAGUUCCCCCAUGGAGCCUCACAGAUCCAGUUGUAGGGAAAGGAUUUGGACUCGAAACUAACUGACCAAUUCUUUGCCCUUUGUACCAAGUGAGUGAUACUUAGGUCCCAGGAAAUAAAUGCUGAUAAUUUGUGUGACUGGC